AGCUUGAGAUAAGAUUAUGUUUUGUGGAAGAAGUGUGCGUCUUGCUGUUAACUCUCGGACGUGGAACCCAACUCAGGCGGAAUGGCAACUUGCUGCCCAAUGUGUUCAGAAUGAGGAGAAGCAUCGAAUUGGAAAGUUCAUUUUCAAAAAGGAUGCAAAAUCAGCUAUGGUAGGGCGUUUGCUUCUGCGUUAUGGAGUUUCAAAAAUGUUAGAUGUCCCCUAUCGCUCUCUUAAAUUCUGUCGAACUGAGAAAGGAAAGCCGUAUUUGACAAGCCCUGCAGAAAAGUGCCUACCCCACUGUGAACUGAGCUUUAAUAUCUCUCAUCAAGGAGAUUUUGUGGUCUUUGCAGCCGAGAAAGAAAGAUUGGUCGGAGUGGACAUAAUGAAAGUGGAGUGGCCAAGAAGUAAACCAGUAUCAGAGUUUUUCGAUACCUUAGAACGCCAGCUGACAACACAUGAAUGGAAAGAAGUGAAAAGUAGGAUAGGAGACAUGGAGCAGUUGAAGACUUUUUUCAGACUAUGGUGCUUAAAGGAAAGCUUGGUCAAAGCAUGGGGAACUGGCAUUGGCUUUGAAGUGAAUCGUCUAAGCUUUCAUUUUGGAACCCCAGAACUGGCCUCUGAUGUCAUGUGUACUGACACGUCAGUGGAAAUAGAUGGUGAGCCUGCGCCUGACUGGUCAUUCCACGAGACUUUGCUCGCUGACCAUUGUGUGGCUGUGGCUGUGAAAAGAAGCUGUAAGGACGAGGCAGCGCCGGUGACAGUCGCGACUUCUCCGCCCGAAGACAAAGAGCCGCCCAAAUUCCACGUGAUGGAUGUCCAAGAGCUGCUGUCUGGCUGCGAACCUCUCGCCGGGAGCUCCCCCGACCGCGAGUACUGGGAGGAGUUUAGUGGCAGGGAGGAGGAGCCAGGGUUGAGGUGACAGACAGAGGGGAGGGACACUCCGACUGACUGAAAGUGGUGCAUCAUAAGCUUGAUGUCUUUGGAAGCGGAAUUGCUAUAGUGCGGUCCAAAAUUUUGUGACGCAACUAGUUUUUUAAUCUAGCCCCAAUUGUUGU